AUGCUUCAUGUGCGUCGGAACAUCGCCAUUCCCCAGCAUGGCAACGACAGGUUGCAGCCCCGACGCAACUCACAGAACCCAGAUGAUGACGCUCUCAAAGGUGAGGCGAAUGGCAUGUGGGCUCACCUUGAGGAGGUUUCCUCUACGCCUCGCGCCAAUACCGAAGAGCUGGGCCAAGGGGGGUCAGCGACAUCGACGUCGCUCCGAGGCAAUCCUCCGUCGGGCGGCGAAGAUAUCGGCGCACUGAUUGUGCAGCUACCCAAUAUCUACACGGCGCGCUUGCUUCUCCAGCACUACAUCCAGACCGUAGAUAUCCUUCAUCGAGAGCUGCACGCCCCAUCUACUCGCGCCCUUCUGGAAACGACGUAUACUCAAUUGUCGAAUUCGCACCCUAUACCGCGGGAGGUCCUCGCCUUGUUCUUCGGUAUUUUCUCCUCCAGUGCCUUUCACAUCUGUUCUGGACACUCGCACUCGCACUCGCGAUGCAAGGAGCUACAGAGCACAACUGCGUUACACGAAACCUGGAUGAAUAUUGCCUUGGAUCUGCUCCUGCAGAAAGGUCUAAUUGUGUCUAGAACCGUCCUUUCGUUGCAAGCGUUGUGCAUCAUCAUCUACUUGAUAUUGGACUCAGAGGGCCAGACUCCGACUUACAAUACCCUCAGAGGUAUCGCUCAUACAAAGGCUUUGCAAAUGAAGCUUCACCUUCUUGACGCCGGAAAUAAGCUCCCAGAUGAGGAUGUAAUUCAGGUCGAGAUCAAGCGUCGGCUGUGGUGGUGCCUCGCUUGCACUGAUUGGGCUGUCGCGACUGUCCCUGGGCCUCAAGAAGGAACGUAUUCUUUCAACCCGAAGCAGUUUGGCGUAAAAUAUCCGUUGAACUUGGACGACGAGGAUCUUCGGCCAGGCAUGGGACCCGUCGAGGGACGGCCGGCUCACGAGCCAACAUCCAUGUCAUUCUUUAUAGAGAAAAUCCGGUUUGCGGAGCUGAGCCGCGAUGUGUUGGACAGUAUACAGGAGUCGCAAGUCUCAAUUCACCCAAGUAGCCACGACCUGGCCAUCCAAUCGAGCAAUCGUUACCAGGCCUUCAUAGAUGAAAUGCCCUGGUUUCUCCGGCCUGGAGAGGACACAGGAGAUCAAAUGACCACGCUCUUGGAGCACCGGCCUUACAUAUUCCGACAGAAGUAUGUCUUGCUGCAUGGAAUCUAUUCUCGGAUGGGCAGACUCCAUAGGCCAUUCAUUGCACGAAGCAUGUACGAGCCGAGGUUCGCCUCGUCACGCGCUGUAGCCAUCAACUGUGCCAAGCAACAGGUGAAGCUCUAUCGCGCUACUGAGCCCGGAGAUCUCUGUCCGUAUGUUCGCUCCCACAGCAUUGACCAGCACGUUUUUGGAGGGUUGGUGCUUCUGGCCGUUGACAUCAUGGCGAAUAAGAAUGAAAGCGGAGUGGAAAGCCGGGUGAGGGAACUGAUGGAGACUGCGGCCAUGAUUAAGCGGAAGCAGCAGGCUUUCAACCCUUCCAACGUGACGGUUGUUGUUGCCAUCGACAAACUCAUUGAUGUCUUGCAGACGAUGGGAGCGGCGGAGGGUGAGGGUGACCAACAGGCAGGUCUGGAGGCAGACAAGACUAUCACAAGGACCGCAGGGCCCGUUUGUAGGCCUAUGUCAUGUGAGAACGCAGAAGCCCGGGGAUUCGAUCCGGGUAAUAUGUUUCUGCCGACCUUUGUCAAUCAAGAUAUGGAGGAGUUGUGGGAGGAGCUGCUGAGUGGUGUCUCCUCGGAAAAUGCCUUUAACGCAUUAUGUAUGUAG